UCUCUGCCAGCGACAGAAAUGGCGGUGCCGGCUUCCAACCCUAACAACCCCAUCGUCUUCUUCGAUGUCAGUAUCGGGGGGCAGGAAGUUGGACGAAUGAAAGUGGAGCUUUUUGCAGAUGUCAUUCCCAAAACAGCUGAAAACUUCAGGCAGUUUUGCACUGGAGAGUUCAGAAAAGAUGGCGUUCCUAUAGGAUACAAAGGCAGCACCUUCCACAGGGUAAUAAAAGACUUCAUGAUCCAAGGAGGAGACUUUGUCAAUGGCGAUGGCACCGGAGUCGCUAGUAUAUACAGAGGACCAUUUGCAGAUGAGAACUUUAAACUAAAACACUCGGCUCCUGGCCUGCUGUCUAUGGCCAACAGCGGCCCCGGAACCAAUGGCUGCCAAUUUUUUAUCACUUGCUCAAAGUGUGAUUGGCUGGAUGGAAAACAUGUGGUUUUUGGUAAAGUGAUUGAUGGACUUCUUGUAAUGAGGAAAAUUGAGAAUGUACCAACCGGUCCCAACAAUAAACCCAAACUGCCAGUGGUUAUCGCUCAGUGUGGAGAGAUGUAA